UCAAUACAUGUAUACAAUAUGUACUGAUAAAAUCAGUACUUUCUUUGUUUUGUUUUUGAUGCCAGAUUGAACAAAGGGCCUCUUUGAUUCUAAGCACACAUUCUACCACUGAGCUAUAUCCCCAGCUCCUCCAGAGAGGUAGGCACUCUUGCUUCCCUGGCUUGAGUGGUAAGUAUGCUGAAGCACCUGUGGGCUAGUUGGUUCGGUAACUUGCCUAAGAUCACACAGCUGGUAGCAAGUAGAGUGUGCAGUUGUCCCAGGCGGAUUCCACCAUACUGCCUUCCCUGGUAGCCUGAGAGGAAAGGUCUUCAAAGUCUUCAAAUGUCUUCACUGGCCUCUAGCAGGUCACCUAAUCACCUGAGAGCAGAUCCUUGCAGGAGAUCACAGUGAGCAAAGGGACCAGAGAGUGGAAUAACCAAACUCACAAGGACUGUGUAUAAACCCUAUGAAUCAGGACAUAGUCACAGGCAGUCGUGUUUGCCAGUAAAGUGGCCUCUGAGCAGAAUGGAGAAACGAAUGGUGUCAUACACAAACCACAGGCGUUACACCCCAGCAGAGCCCAACAGACCAUCACGAACCAAGAAGUACAGAAUGUCUACAGAGAAAUUACUUCAUCAUUCUAAGAAUCAAACUCUGAAACACAAGACUAAGGGAUGCAACUACUGUCAUUCCUGACAUUAUUUGUUUAUGAAUAUGGUGGCAUAUGACUACAAUCUCAGCACUUAGGGGACUGAGGCAAGAGGAUCACUUAAGCCCAGGAGUUUGAGAUCAGAUUGGACAACAUAGUGAGACCCCAUUUAGAAAGUAAGAGGGAAGAAGGGAAGGAGAGAAGGAAAUUUUUCUGCUCAAUAUCUAGUUUCCCCCAUUAAAAUGCAAUAUUCACUAAAUAUUUGUUCAAAAUUGCUCCAAGCUGGGCAUGGUGGUGCAGAGCUGAACUUCCAGUGAUGGGAGGCUAAGAUAGGAGGAUCACAAGUUUGAAGCCAGACUCAGCAAGUUGGCAAGGCCCUAAGCAACUUCAUGAGACCCUCUCUUAAAAUUAAAGCAUCCCUGGGUUUAUGUGGCGGCUCUCCGGGGCUGCUCCCCGGCUUCAUUUCUCUCUACUCAGCUUUCCACCCUGGGCAUUCUGAGGUGCUGCCUCCGCUGCCCUCACCACUGCAACCAUGAUCUCCUUAACGGACACCCAGAAAAUUGGAAUGGGAUUAACAGGAUUUGGAGUGUUUUUCCUGUUCUUUGGAAUGAUUCUCUUUUUUGACAAAGCACUACUGGCUAUUGGAAAUGUUUUAUUUGUGGCUGGCUUGGCUUUUGUAAUUGGUUUAGAAAGAACAUUCAGAUUCUUCUUCCAAAAACAUAAAAUGAAAGCUACAGGAUUUUUCCUAGGUGGUGUAUUUGUAGUCCUUAUUGGUUGGCCUUUGAUAGGCAUGAUCUUUGAAAUUUAUGGAUUCUUUCUCUUGUUCAGGGGCUUCUUUCCUGUGGUUGUUGGCUUUAUUAGAAGAGUGCCAGUUCUUGGAUCCCUCUUAAAUUUACCUGGAAUUAGAUCAUUUGUAGAUAAAGUUGGAGAAAGCAACAAUAUGGUAUAACAACAAGAGAAUUUGAAGACUCAUUUACAAUAUUGUAUUAUUUAUAAAAUUCUUUGAAGAAUAUUCAGCACAAAAUUAAAUUACAUGAAAUAGCUUGUAAUGUUCUUUACAGAAGUUUAAAAGGUGUAGCCUACAAAGUACCAACAGCAAUUAGUAAAGAAGCAAUGAAAACAGGCUUCUAAUCAAGUGAUCUAAGAAGUCAGCAAGAGCAAACUGAGGGAGAUGAAAUCCAUGUUCCGAGGCAUAUUGAAACUCUAGAAGGCUAUUUUUAUUAUCUUUCCACAAUGUGCAGAACACAGCCAUUCUUAGAGAACUGUGGUGUCUGUUACUUUUCUUUUUACUAUUAUUAUUAUUAUUAUUAUUAUUAUUUUGAAGGCUCAGGAACACCCACAGGCAUUUGCUUUUUAGAAAUGUCCACUGUGAUGGCAAAAAUAUUUCCAGUUGCACUGUGUUUCUGAAAGUGAUGCAUGAGUAGGAUUGGAUUAUGUCAUUUUAAUGUAUUAAACCCGGUGAAAACCCA